AUGCUGAUGCUGUUACCGUCGUAGAGACAUUCACAUUCACUCCGACUGGGAUGUGAAGGAGCCCGAUGAGAUGGAGACCUUCAUCCAUCUUUACCUCAAUCUGAUCGAUCUUGGGAACCAAGCCAAGAUGUGACCGUCACGGCGCGUCACUGUUUGGAUUUCUCCAGCCUUUGCAAGAAUUGUUUCUAUAGCAACAGAAAUUCCAUAGCAUCCUAAAAAAUCCCAUUCCCAAGAUGCAGUCCUCCUCUCAGCCUUCAAAGCCGCGGCGCUUUGACGUCAGCAGACGGACCAAUACUACAGUUGGACCAAAGUCUCAUAGUGCUGGUUUACAGAGAGAGGAUAAAAACAUGAACACAAUCACUGCUGCCUCCCCUCGCAGAGCAACUAAAGGCCCCACAGCACCCACCAGGACAAGAGUGGGAGUGCAGCCUCGAGCACCAGUAAGCCAAUCCAGGUUUAGCUCCCAAAAAGCAGGUUCAACUAUCUCCAAAACAGCUAAGCCCAAACCCAAGAGCGCUCGUGCAUCUGCGGCAACCAAAAUUGCACCGGCAGCAGCCCCACCACAGCUCCCCUCUGUGCUCCCACUAGACCCAAACUGCAACGAGCCCAGCCUCCCCUGUCUGUGCUGCGACGGACGCUCGCCGCAGGAUAACAACAGCAUGUUCAACCACAACCACAACAACAACAACACCAUCUCUAUCAGACAGCAACUGCAGCUACCACCUCCUCCACCGGCCCAAUUAUUGCCCCAGAGGCAUGAUGGGACUGGAGCCAAGGAGCAGUCGCAGCUUCCUUCAGAAGCAAACGCCAAGAUGGAGCCCUCUGCCUGCCCUGCUGCCAGUUUGCAAAACGAAGGCAAAAACACGGAUGAAAGCGCCAAUCUCAACAACAAGAAACACAUCAAAGUGGAGGAAGACGAUGACGAGGAAGAGAGCAGCGGGGAUAUUGAUAUUGACGAUGAUGAUGAGGCUGACAAUGAUGAUGAUGACGAUGACGAUGAUGACACCCUGGUGCCGUCAUGCUGUGAUUGUCCUCCCUCCCUCCUGGAGUUCUCGCUCACCUCCUCUACAUCGUCAUCCUCCACUUCUAUCAGCUCCUGCUCUGAUCUGGAGUCCGACUGUGCAGAUCAAUCCGCCUCCAUCUGCUCCUCUCACGACCAAGAUGAUCUAUCCAUCGCUCUGUCCCCUAAAAACCAAUCUCUUCCUCAAGCCCUUGAUUUCAAGCCCCCCUCUCGUUCACCCCCAUCCCUCCCUCUUAGCCACAAUCCCUUCUCCCUAACAUCACGUUCCCAAGAUUCUCCUUGCUCCCCAGAUGAGGGUUACCCCUCCGCACUAGACUCCCCUUCUCCUGACUACCUAGGAGUCAAGGGUGAUUCAGAGGUUGCAAAACUAGGCCUGCUUGACUUUCUUGAGUCAGUGGGAGAGUUUGGUAAAAUGGAGCGCUUUAGCCAGGUGAUCCAAGUUGCUCGAUGGGAUCUGGAAGGUGAGCAGCACUGGGAUGUUCUGAGGGAUCGGCUGGAUCACCUGGACCGCCUUGAGAAGGUGAACAAGGAAGUAAAACUGGCCUACAUCGCCAGGCUCCACGAGAAGGGGUUUGAUCUUGGAGAUCUGGAUGAGCAGGAUCUCUCGGAUGUCAUGGAUGAAAUGGGAAACAUCGACAUUCCUUGGAAGUUGUAUAAAGGUCGGGGAGGAAAAAUGGGCGAGUCUCAGGAGUUCUCAGAUGCAGGGGUUGACCUCACGGCUCCGUCAGAUUGCGAGGAUCCUCUCGCUCCUGAUUCUCUCACCCCUUCCCCGGUUGAGCCGCCACCCAGACCUCCUAAACCUCCUGUGCGUCAUGCUAGUGUGAGCUCCGACCUCCACACCUACAUCAAUAUCAGCAGAGACACCACCUCCAUGGCCGUCUCCACCUCCCCUACUAUGUCCACCUUCUCCCCUAACUCCUCAUCUCCCACAUUCACCACUUUUAGGUGUGAGAAACCCCUUCCACCAUCUCCACCAUCCAUUCCUCCUCUCCCUAACUCUAAACCAGUCCCUUACCUCACCCUCUAUACCACUCCUUCUCCACCUCCAUGUAUCCCCACCCCAACUCCUCCCAUCCCUCCCCCUCGGAAGCGUCACCUUGCUAGAAAAGAGGCUCAGCGACUUGCUGCUCUUCAAGCCGAACAGGAAAAGACCCCUCUCUCCUUUCCUCCUCCUACGACACGUCCCCCACCUCUGCCUCCUCCACCAGUUAUCUCAGUGUCCUCAUCAUCCCCCCCUGCCAUACCACCUCCACCUGCCCUGCCUCCUCCCCCCUCCUUCCACGCACUAGAUGUAGAGAUUCGGAAGCUGCUGAUGCUUGCCGGAUUGACCCAAGCUGAGCUCCUCAAACUCAGCCCUGAGCUCGGGGUUUGUGUUGGAGGGUUGGAGGAUGAAGGAGAAGGAGGCCAUGUUUUCUCCUCCAGGUCUGUUGAGUCACAUGAGUUCCAACAAAAGGAGGAGAAGAACUGUGACGCAGAGAUGUCAGCCAGGGAUGCAUGGAGCAUCAGAGAAAGGGAGGGAAGAGUAGACAUAGGUGAAGAAGGCAGAAAGAGAGAGGAAAUCAAGGACACACAGAGAACCACCUCCUUCACUGAGAUGGCAAGGAGAAGGAGGAGGAACAGCAGUUUGACCUCUGACCAUUACUACUGUACCAAUCUUAGCAAUACACAUGAAACCAAAACAAAGAAUAUGAACUUUGAGUCGUUCCGUUAUCCUACCGUAUUUCCAGAUUCUCCCCCUCCUCCUCCUCCUCCUCGCCCAUUACCCCCAAUCCCCCCAUCUCAGCCGGUCCGCAAAGUCAGCACCCUCUCUGCCAACUCUGCACAACCUGAGAAAUUUGAUUGGCUCAUAGCGUUCACACCUGAAUGUGAAGGCCCUCCUCACCUCCGCUCCCUGGAAAUGAGGAAACCUCAAAUUGAAGCUCAGAAGAAGCUCAGUUCAUUGGGGUCCACUCUAGUGGUUCCUCCCAAGACCACAACUUUUAAAGAGCUGCGCUACCGUAGCAAGAAUUCCUCCCCUCCCACAAAGGUGAUCACUGACCCAGACCCAGACCCCACAGUUAUCACUCCAGAUCCAGAUAUCCUCUACAACCUGAGGUGGAGAAGGGAGAAGGAAGGCGACGACGGCCUGCAGUGGGAAUACACCUCUCAGGCUCAGGCCAUCUUCAUGCAGCCACCACCGGCCCUCACCUCGAUGGCCGCUCUGAAGGAGAUGCUCCAGAGAGCGGACAAGGAGGGGGGACAACUUGAGCUGUGCCCGUCUCAGAAGAUUGGCAGCUCCAUCAGUGACAGCAGCCUGUGGACCAUGGGCAGAGAGUGGGAGUGUGAAGACGUUAAGAGUGAGGAAAAGAAAGGGGAAGAAGAAGAGAAGGAAGAGGAGGUGGAGGUGAGAGGACGAGCCGAUGGAGGGAGGACUGUUGAGUCAAGAACUUCAGCUGUUCGCAGUGUCUCAUUCGCCGGCUCUGUCCAGAGGACGGGGACUUCCUGGAUGGGCGAAGAUGUGAAGCAUCCAAUGAGAGGUCUGGGCCUGUCUUCUCUGUUCCUGCAGGAGAAAAAAGCUCUGGUCAGUGCGGUCAGUGUGGCAGUGGAAGCCAUCUUGGCCCAGUUCAGCUCUUCACGGACUGUCGUUCAGAAGUCAUUCUCACUUAACAAGGCCUUAUCAGGAGACAGCACUAUAAAUCCAUCUCUAGGCCGUCUGGUGCUGCAGUGCCUCUGCCCUGCCCUGCACAGUUUGCUGACUGAUGGCUUGAAACCUCACCAGAGUGACCUGAUUGCGGGCAGAAGGCCAAACUCUGCUUGGAGCUUGGUCCAAGCCUCCACACGGCCAGGUCCAAGAACACAAGCCUUGUUCAACCUUCAAGAUCGAGUCGGAGAGCUGCCCCAGCUCAGGCAGAGCAAGCACAGGUUCAACGCAUUCCUGCUCGGCCUCCUGAAUACCAAGCGUCUUGAUUUCUGGCUAUCUCACCUUCAGUCCUGCAGUGAUGUUCUGGAGACAUAUUUUCGCCCCACCUCUUUUAUGCGCCUGUCGCUGACCGCCUGCCAGCCUCUGUUCGAGGAGCUGCUCCUCGUGCUGCAGCCUCUCAGCCUGCUCACCUUCAACCUCGACCUGCUCUUCCAGCAUCACCAUCUAGAGUCAGACAGCCACCGUCCACAAGUCCCCAGUCCACCUCCUCAGGAUGCUGGAUCAACAGAGAGUUCACAAUCAAAAACCACAGGCUGCAGGUAUAUUGAAACCCUGUCAGAAGUUGACUUUGGAAGCCCGGAACAUGAGGCCACCAAAGAAAAACCAUCACCACCUGUCAAUCCAAACAGCGAGGGAUCAGGGAAUUCAACACAGAGCACUACAUUCCUCAAGGUUACGAUCCCCCUGGCGCAGACAAGUCCACAGCUGAUGUGGGUGCAGGAGAAGGAGAUUGGAGCUUUACCUCUACCGGCUGAUGAGGAGGACAGUCUGGCUCAGCAGGCAGGACAGGCAAUCCAGCAGGGAUGGGGAGCUGUGAUGCGUUUUGGAGGCAGACUGAGCAGGAACCUGGCUGAGCUGAACCCGAAAAAGGAGGAGGAGGUUAAGACAGAUCUGCAAGGUCUGCAGAUCCAGGCAGAGAGCGACUUCGCUCCAGUCAGCAGUGGUGUUCAGGUUCCGUGGGGUUUUGGACGGCUCUUUGGAGCCUCUAAAAGCCCGAAUAGCCCACCAGGACACACACCACCAACAAGGCGUCCCUCUCAGUGGCUGGCUCCUGGUGUGACUGCACUGACCAGAAUGGUGAGCAGCAACUCCACUCCAAUGUUAAGGAGGGCCGCAGAGCUGCAGGGAGAGAGUGAACCAGAGCCAGAGAAAGACACCGAUGUACUGGAGAUGAAGGACAAACCCAGACCACUCAGGUCAGUGCGAACGCUGUGUGACCACACUGGAACGGAUUCACAGCUCAGCUUCUGCAAAGGGGAGGAACUGGUGGUGUUGGGAGGAGUCGAUCAAGACUGGAUCCGCUGUCGUCAGGGAGACAAAGAGGGGCUGGUAGCUAUUGGCUACACCUCCCUCAUCAUGUAACUUCAGCACUAAAACUGCUGCACUCAGACAAUAAAGAUAAAUAAAUAAAUAAAUAUAAAUAUAUAUAUUUAAGGCGAGUAUUGAGAGGUGAUGGUGAGGCUCAGUUACUCUGAAAGGGAUAUUUCACACUGUCUUGGUUUAGGUUUGACUCGAGUGCAAACACCAUCUGCUCUGCUUUAUGUGCAUCAGGAGCAGUCUGCACUCCUUCUCCCUCUACGAACAUAUGGGAGUUUUUCCUCUCAUCACGACUCAUCCUGUUUGGUAGCAUUAAACUAAUGGAUUUUAACAGCAGGAAUGCAGCAGAUGGUGUGAAAUAAUGACUCAAGUCAAACUCAGAUAAUUUCACUCUGGAAGACCUUUGAUCUCAGAGUGAAGUAUCCCUUUUAAAAUGUCCCUUUUCCUCAAUUUCUGCCUUCCCUGUCAGCCACUGAUCUGAAAAUGAUCACAGGGGGAAAACUCUGUACACUCCGUGUAAUCAACCACUAGCAGAUUCAAGUGCUGUCAGAUCAGCGGCUGCCUGUUGUGAGGAGGCGACAGCCUGGAAGUAGCCACUUUAAUAUCUCUUUCUCCCGGCUGCAGGGACUCGUGGCUCGCAGGUUGUUGUGUGGAGAAGGCAUGUUGGAGUACUGGGCCGUAGCUCCUGUUGCAUACUGCGUAGUAAUGUAGUGAAUUGUAGCUGUGUAGAUCUGUGUUCUAUUGACCUUCCACCCCUGUUGACCUCUCACCUUUCUCGCCUGGUUCACGUGUGUUUGACAUGUUUCUGCUACUAUAUUUGACUGUAAAAAUAUACAUAAAAAUCUAUAUAAAUAUAAGUAUAUAAAUUGAGAUUGAUAUUACCAAGAUAGAUAGAAAGAUAGAUGAACAAGAAUAAGCAGGUAGUGAAACCCAACAAGCAGCCUGAGGAAGUGAAGUGAUGAAAAACAAAUGGAUUACUUCUUUAUCUUUUCAUAUGUAACUGAAAAUGAAGUGGUUGUCAUCCAUGCAAAAGAAAAAAGGUAAAUGUGUUUGUUUUAAGUAUGAAAUCCAGUAUCUUCCCUCAUGUGUGCUUUAUGUAUUGCCAUUAUCUUGACAUCAUUAAAUGAUUAGAUUUAGCCUCAUAUCCUGAAGCAUAGUAAUGUGCCAUGAAUGCUUUGAAUGAGAAAAUCUCUAUAUAUCCAACUCCGUUAUAGAAGAUGACAUCAGACAACAGCAAUCUGUAGCUAACCUCUCGACUUGUCCAUAACCUUAAAGGGGCGGCAUGUGUAGGAGUAAAAACUUAACAAACACACUCUCAGCUCUCGUUCAAAAUCACCUGACCUUAAAUGAAGUGCAGUGAUAAAACUCCAGAUGUUUGUAACUCAUGAAUGCUACUGUAGAGUCUGUAGGUUUGGUGGCUGGUCUUCACCUUGUACCUCAGCUUUUGUAUUUAACUCCCCGCCAUGUUUGCUCAUCAUAAUCAUUGAUAUUAAUGAUAGUGGUUGUACAAGUGGUUGUGGUCUAUAGUGAUAUGUUGAUUUCAACGUUCCUCAUAAGAAACUCAUUGCUUUUUUGUCAUAUAUUGUUUUUUUAUCUUCUAUAUUAUGUAUUUAUGACUAUGCAUAUUGUUAUAUAUACAACAUCAAGCCUUUUUUUGUUCUCCGACACGGUUUUGGUUUCAUGUUUUACUGCAAGUUGACAUCUGAAACCCCAGAAAAAGUUGCUAAAAGGUUAAUUCUGAAGAGCUUGAUUUGAAGGCAGACACUAAAGAACCUCUGUUUAACUCUGCAGGACAGUUUCAGGACCAGUCAGAACAGCACAGUUCUCUGUAUGUUAUUUUGUGGAUGCCAUGUAGCAUGACAUUACAAUCACAGUGGCAUUACUGUCUGGUAGCAUCACGUUAAAUCAGUGCUCAUUUUAAGUAACUUAUGAUCAUAUUAAAAUGCCAUCAAAUGGAUAACUCUAGGUAUUUAGAAUAUCUUCCAAAUAAAGACACAAUAUCAGUUAACUGAUUCAAAUGUAUUAUCUGUUUGUUUUUAUGUUGUUAAAGGGAUGUUUUGGUCUAAAUGCACUUAAUUUAUUGGAUGUAAUAUUUAUUGGUCUUGGGGUCUCUGAAGGAAUCGCUCAAUCUGACCCAUCUAGUGUCUCUCUAUCUAUCUGGGUUCAUUAUGUAUGUGUGUGUGUGUGUGUGUGUGUGUGUGUAUGUGUGUGCGUGAGUAUGAGCGUGCACAUGGCAGCAUGAGUGGCAGUGAAAGCAGAGAUGAUUGUGAGCACAUCUGUGUGUCUGCACAUCCUGCACUUUCACCUUCACGUGUGUGAGUGUAACAAUGAGUCUUGUACCUUCCUCUUCUCCUUCUCCUCUUCCUCCUCUCUUUCUCUCUCUCUCUGGUGUCAUGUAGCUUGUAGACAUCCCCGUGUCCUACUAUUGCAUAGAGUUCAGUGCCCUAAUAGUGUCAGUCACUGUCCACCUCCUGCAUGUGCUUGUUUGUAAAUACACCAAAUAAAAUGAUCAGUAUGAACCAA